AUGCGAGUGCCUCGCCUCCUCGUCACUUACCGCGAGCGCAUCGGCGGGCAUCGAGUCCCGAUCGUCGUGCUCGAGGUCAUCGACUUUGACGCGAAGCGGCUCGGCAUCACGCGUGUCGUCCGCGUGUGCGGGCCACCAAGGGCGCUCGGCGUGCAGGCCUUUGAGGCCGAGAGGUUCGCGAGGGCGCGGCAGCUGCUCGGAAAGGAGUAUACAGGCUUUCCUCGGGCGUGCCAACAGGUCUACGCCGCCAUCUGCGGGGACAAGGACGCCCACAUCAACUGCAUGGACGCGUUCGAGGUGUACGUGCGCGGCGACUUUGACCCCUUUCUCCUCGGCACGUGGUGCGAGCGCAAGGAAAAACAUGGGGAGGAGAUUGUCGAGCGCUUCUCGCCGAUGCUGGCCGCAGCGGUCGCAAAGACCUUCGACGAGCCGCCCGCCAUGCGCCCCCACUCUCCGACGGCGCAGUGGGAGGGCUGGAUCACCGUUGGCGAGGGGCGGCCCUACUCGCACAUCAACACGCCGCCGCAGUCGGGAACACUCUCCGGCCCGCAGCGUCCUCGCGACCUCAAGAAGAGGAGCCGCGCCGAGCCCGACCCGCUCGAGGAGGGCGAGGUGCGCCACAGCAAGAAGCCGAACCGCCCUAACUCGGGCUCAAGGCGGAAGAAGGAGCACAGGAUCGGUCGGCUCGUCUUCCUCGCCACUCACGUCCGCGCGAGAAUCGUCGACUACGCGGACCACCCGCACGUCGUCGUCGGGAAAGGCCCGUGCAUGCUCGGCGGCACGCAGGCGGUGAUGGGCGUGCGUCUGCGGCCUCUUCCCGAGUAUGCGGAUCUGCCCGAGGUGACGUUCGCGGUGAAGGACGUGAUCGGUCUGACGGCGGACUUUGAGAGCACGUGGCGGAUGCUCCCCCCCGGCCGCUCGCUGCUCAGGGACGCGAUGCUGGAGGCGGUCGAGAGGUUUGCGAUGAGCAUCACGCCGGCCAUCUCCCGCGAGGCCGUUUGGAAAGAGUUGAUGCCAUGCACGCGGACGGCGGCAGAGGUCGCGGAGGCGCUGCUGCCGCCACUGGGUGUCGCCGCCUGGGUGUCCGCACGCUGCUGCUGCUGCCGUGCGUAUUGCAACAUGGUGGCCGAGAGGCCCAUCGACGCGGACGCGGCGCUCGCGCUCCUCGCGCCCGACGAGAAGGCCCGGGUCCGCGACUUUGUCCUCGGCGCACCGGAGGAUCGUGAGCUGCUGAGCGGCUCCGCGCCUAUCCACACGUUCCUCGAUUGCUUCGUCUGUUGGUCGGGGGACAGUAACCGCGCGCUGCUGGCGGAGGGGCGCAGCCUGCGGCAGGUCGUGUCUGUCAUCCGGAGACUCGGCGGGAUGCAGGCCGCGGCGCUGCGCGUGCCCUGGCUGCUCUCGGCCGUGAGCCUCUCCGAAGCGCUCUCGUUCGCGCGCCUCGCGCGCGGCGCCCGCAUCUUUGCUCGGCACGCCACGGCCGCGGAGGCCGUCUCGCUCACCUUUGCCGCCGCAUCGCCGUGCGAGGAGUCGGCGCGCUACUCGAUCGAGGAGGGCCAGCACCGGGCGAUCGCCGCGGCGUGGGUGCUUACCGGCGGAGGCGAGAGCGAGCCGAACGCGAGCCUCCCGCGGCGGGUGCCCUACCUACGCGGGGUCAACCUCCGCAAAGGGGCCGUGGAGGGCGGCGACUUUUGGAGACUCGGGCCCGCGGGCAGCGCCGCGCUCGGAGGGAGCGGGGUCAUGCUGCCGUGCGCCGGCCUGCUGCUGGCGACGUGUCUAUGCCGGCGGCGAGUGCGCGGCAAGAGUCGAGCGAAGCGAGCAAGCUGA